AUGACCAUAACUAAUGAAAUAAAGUUACCUUCUGAUGAGGAGUUAAAAGUCGACCAAGAAAUCACAUUAUCAACACCAUGGAUGAAAGCUGUUGCACCUUAUAUGGCUAGAGCCUGUGAACAAGAAGCUAAAGAAUUUAUGCUUCGCCGUAAAGAACUUGAAGAUCCUCGUCUUGUUUUAAAAGAAGGUGCUGCUCUUACAAAUUGUGGUAUUGCUUUUUUGCAAAAACUUAAAAAGACAUGUGCUCCAGAUGUUGAGAAAUAUGCUAAUUGUAUUGAUUAUGGUAGCAGCAAACUUUAUGCUUCUAAAUGUCGUGAAGAACAACGUUUUGUAGAUCGUUGUAUUGAAGAAGAAUUAAAAAUUGAACGUCCAAAACUUGGAUACUUUUCUAAAAUUCAUGUUCAUGAAAGUGUUCAUCCAAAACCACAACAUCCAAAAUUUAGAGAUUAUAAAAAAGAAGCUGCUGAGGUACUCAAAAGUCUUCCAGAAGACUAUCAUCUCCGUAAAGAUUAUAAACGAUUCCAAGAUUGGCGUACAAGCUUAUUAGAAAGUUAA